GAUUUCGUUUUAACGACGUCUCAAUCUAGUUACUGUGUAGCGUCGUUUUUAUAAUAAUUUUACGUGCAAUCCGUUUUCGAUCCAAAAAAAAAAAUCGCAACUUAAAAACAUAUACGUUUGUUUAUUCGUCAAUAUAAUCGUAAAUCAAACUCCUAUAUAAGUGAAUCUAAAAGAAUGUCUCGACCAAGAAGAACCCGUGUGUACGAUGCAAAUUACAAUAUUGGCGAAAGUCUAUACAGACCAGCUUUGGAUCGAUUGGAUCGUAAAUAUUCUGGCCGGCCAUUAGAAUCACCACCACGUUCAACUCCCGUCCCAGAAAAUGUUGAUGAUCGUUUUAGUCGGGCAUUUGAAGAGAUGGAUUUACCAUCUGCAAGACGUCGUGCUGAAAAAUUGAUUUCUGAUGAAACCAUUUUUGAUUCACGCGGUGCUGCCACUAAACGGGAUGGUUUAAAAAUUAUCCCAAGCUUUGGCGGUGAUGGUGACGAUGAUUUAGACGAAGAAAUCUCCAAAUCAUUGAGAAAAAUUCGCGAAAGCCGACGUAAAGUAUUGGAAGACGUCGAUUUGGAAGGUACAGUGAGCUCUUUACAAACACGACGAGACAUGGGUUUAUCGGACAAAUUAUUAGAUUCCGUUGGUAUUAAUGAAGUAAGUGCACGCCGAAUCCAAAAUGGUGAAUCUUCGUUAGUUGCUAAAUCAAAUUUAAGGAAAUCAUUAAUUAUGGAUGAUGAAUUCGACGAUGCCCCAGUACAAGCACGAUGGACUGCAUUACGUGAUGAGGAAACUAGUGGCGCCGCUGAACGUGCUAAACAAUCCAGAGCCCGUUUACAAGAUUUAGAGGAUGAAAUGGAAGCGAUUAGCGAUCGACAAGCAGCACGCGAACGUCGUGGUAAACAAUUACGUGCCAUUCUUGCAGAGUGUGAAGAUAAUAAUUCUAAUCUUUCUUCACAAAAAUCAUCAUUAAAAUCGACCAGAAUUUCGGCACGAUCUGAAAAGAAAUCUGUUACUUUCUAAAUCUCAAAAAACAUAAAAUUUGCAAUACCUUAUAUGGAUUUUGGUCCUGUAGGAUUUCUUUUUGGUUAUGUUUUUUUUUCUUUUUUUUUUUUUGUAAAGAUCCAAUGGAUUU